CGGCCGGGGCGCGGCUAUAAGCGGGCGGUGCGGGGGAGCCGGAGCCAAGCUCCGCUCGACGGCUCACGCCGCUGCUCCGGGAACCACCCGCGCUGCCACCUCGCGCCGCUCGCCUCCCCGCGUCCCUCCCGACUCCGGCCCGACACUCCGGGACAGCGACCCGGCACUCCGGACCCCCUCUUGCUUCCUUGGUCGAGAGGCCUUGCUGCUGCAGAAGCUCUGAGGUGCAGAGGAGGCUCCUCCCUCCGCCAUGAAGAACUUGUUCAGCCUCUAUCUCCUGGGAGUGGUGCUCACCAUCCUCUCCCUCUUCAUUAGAAUGAUGGAGUCACUAGGGGGCUUACUGGAGAGUCCAUCCCCAGGGAGCCCCUGGACCACCAGAGGGCAGCUAGCCAGCGCAGAGCCGGCCAAGGGCCUUCCAGACCACCCAUCCAGAGGGGUGCAGUAAGGCCACCUCCCCCGCACCCUGGCCUGAACGCUGGCAGCCAGAGGUGGGAUCAGCGUUAUCUCUGAACUGCGACCUGGUGCCCUUGAAGUGGGGCCGCCUCGCUGUCUGGAAAAAAAGACAACCAUGAUGUGACUGCAGCCGGGUGAGCGCUCACCCCCACUCCCGGACCAGCUGCAAGACCUGGGCAUCUUCCUGCUGGAGGUUUCCCCGAAUCCAAGGUGUGGGGUCUGCAGCAGCGGCCUGAGCUGUGAGCUCGGGGCAGUUUUCAUUCCGGCUUCUCAAACAUCUUCCAAGGAAGGGUCCCUUUGUCCCAGGUGUCUGCUGUGUUUGCUUCUCAGCCUGUCUUGUCGGGCAGGGAAUGAUGGGCAGUGUGUGGUCCUCACUGUUUUGUAUAUUGAAGUCCAUUUUUUCAACCGUGUAUGUGUUCUAGGGGUCUGCAAGCGGGCAGGGGGGCUGGCUCAGCCCGCUCAGGACAUAUAGGUCUUAUGGCCACUGUGUGGCCGCGAUGAAUUUUUUUUUCUAAUGAAAUAAAA